AUGGAGGAUAAGACAGGAAACUGGGUGCCAUUGAGGGGUACCACACUGCAGUUCCCCAUCACAGCCCUGCGGGAAAUCAAGAUCCUCCAGCUUCUAAAACACGAGAACGUGGUUAACUUGAUUGAGAUCUGUCGAACCAAAGCUUCCCCCUAUAACCGUUGCAAGGGCAGCAUAUACCUAGUGUUUGACUUCUGCGAGCAUGACCUUGCGGGGCUGCUGAGCAACGUCUUAGUCAAGUUCACGCUGUCCGAGAUCAAGAAGGUCAUGCAGAUGCUGCUCAACGGCCUCUACUACAUCCACAGAAACAAGAUCCUGCACAGGGACAUGAAGGCGGCUAACGUGCUCAUCACCCGCGACGGGGUCCUGAAGCUGGCAGACUUCGGGCUGGCCCGGGCCUUCAGCCUGGCAAAGAACAGCCAGCCCAACCGCUAUACCAACCGUGUGGUGACGCUCUGGUACCGGCCCCCGGAGCUGUUGCUCGGGGAGCGGGACUACGGCCCCCCCAUUGACCUCUGGGGUGCCGGGUGCAUCAUGGCGGAGAUGUGGACCCGCAGCCCUAUCAUGCAGGGCAACACCGAGCAGCACCAGCUUGCCCUCAUCAGCCAGCUCUGUGGCUCCAUCACCCCUGAGGUGUGGCCAAACGUGGACAAGUACGAGCUGUUUGAGAAACUGGACCUGGUCAAGGGCCAGAAGCGGAAGGUGAAGGACAGGCUGAAGGCCUAUGUGCGUGACCCCUACGCGCUGGACCUCAUCGACAAGUUGCUGGUGCUGGAUCCCGCACAGCGCAUCGACAGCGACGAUGCCCUCAACCAUGACUUCUUCUGGUCUGACCCCAUGCCCUCGGAUCUCAAGGGCAUGCUCUCCACCCACCUGACGUCCAUGUUCGAGUACCUGGCGCCACCGCGCCGGAAGGGCAGCCAGAUCACCCAGCAGUCCACCAACCAGAGCCGCAAUCCCGCCACCACCAACCAGACGGAGUUCGAGCGCGUGUUCUGAGGGCCGGCUGUCGGCGCUUUGCAUUAGGGCAGUUUUAUUUUUUUCUCCUGCUGUGUGACUUGCAUUGUGGAGGUUAUGGGGCAUUUGAGUUUUCCCUAGUGCUUUAUUUUAUUUGAUCCCCACCCUGGGCGCUGGGAACGCCAGCUGAGUGGACUGGAGGAAAGCUUUGGCUGAAAGCCCAGGAGGGCACUGGGGCUGCCUCCCCUGGUUCCCUGGCUUUCGAGAUGAUGACCAGAGGGUCUCCGUUUACUUUCAGACAGGAAUGGGGUGGGAGGAGAGGCACACCCCACCAGUGACUUUGUAAGCGUUCCCAGCGUGACCGGAGCAGGGGACAGGCCCCUGGCCUCUCGUCAGCCCGCCUC